UCAAAACCAUCCUGUAGUUGCUGGGAACAGUCGGCCCGCGCGGGACUCGAUAUUUAACGCGUCUGCAAAAGUUAACUGUCCUUAACAAAACUCCCACAGGGCUGUUUUCUUUAAAUGUACGGGGGGCGACGCCGGACUUGUCAAUGCCCCAUAUUUUCUCAUAACUGACUCCAUUCCUCCUUGCGCUCGCAGGCGGUGUAACAACCCGUCAAUACACCGAGAGGAAGAGGAGGUGAAAAAGAGCAAAAAAAAAAAAAAAAAAGCAAGUCCCUCAGGAGCCGGUUCUUUUUUUCCUCUUCUUUUUUCCUGUUCUUUUGCGAGAAUUGGCAACACGACGCGGCUUAUUUACAUUAAACCCGCCACAAGGUUACAGUGCAGAUAGACUGAGCGUCAUUUUAUCACUCAUUACUUCUGUUAAGCGCUGGCUGACGCGCAGGACGCACACUCGCUCAUUCAUCCUGGAGUUUUUGCUCUUUUAAGGCGAGCAGAAGAGGAGGACGCACCGCUUCUUUGACAAGGCUCCCGUUGUCCCACCUUCUGCGGAGCUGUUGACACGCUUCCUGACAUCCGGCAAUUGCUCCAGCGGCGGCAGUCACCAGGUUUCCCUCCUCACGGCGACCAGGAGCAGCGCUGAAGCUGAGACUGGCUUAACGUGGCUAAGCACACCGUCACGCCGUCUGAGGAAUCUGCCCUCCACCACCCCCCCGCCCCCAUCUGAGGUGGUCGCUCCCGGAAGCCGCAGACAGUCAGGAGUGACAGCGAGAGGCCACUUGAUCCGAACAGACAGGAGUUGCACUCCAGUAUGCUGUUGGUGUGUUAAGGAUGGAGGAUUCAAGUUUGUGCCUUGGUGUAUCGUCAGCUGUGUCUGACGCUGAUGCUCACCUGAGCAGCGCCGUGUUAAAUGGCCGUUACCCCAUCAGUCAGAAGCUUCACCAGCUCACUGCCCAGCUUGGACACGCCUUCCCCGACCUGCAUCGCCCUCAGCAAAUCCCUGAAGAGAAGGCGGCCGCUCCUUUGGACGAGAAGUCCCACCACGCAGCCCUGGCCAGUCAACCAAUCAGUAGUCAGAUGGCGCUGUUGGCCAAUCAGCUCAAUCGAGACAUUGACGCCGGCGCGUUGAGUGGGUUGAACGGCCGCGUUGACCUGCAGCAGUUUCUCAAUGGCCAAAACUUGGGCAUCAUGUCCCAAAUGAAUGAUAUUGAAGAUGAUGCCCGCAAGAACAGGAAGUAUCCAUGCCCUCUGUGUGGCAAACGCUUUCGCUUCAACAGCAUCCUGUCCCUGCACAUGCGCACCCACACGGGGGAGAAGCCUUUCAAGUGCCCGUACUGUGACCACCGGGCCGCUCAAAAGGGUAACCUAAAGAUCCACCUGCGCACCCAUAAGCUUGGCAACCUGGGCAAGGGUCGUGGCCGUGUCCGGGAAGAGAACAGGCUGCUACAUGAGCUGGAGGAGAGGGCCAUUCUGAGGGAUAAGCAGAUGAGGGGCAGCGGAGGUCUUCUUCAGCCGGCUCCGACAACUCAGCUCAAUCUCAGCAGCAACAACACCCAUCAGCUGGGAUCGGCAUGUGGCCUCUUACCUCCCGCUGGUCUUGCCACUUCGGACGCAGUUUCACAGCUAUCGACCUCACCCAAACCUGUCAGCACCCAGGACGACCAGUCUCUGAAUCCAGCCCAGGGAUUCCGCUGCACCUUCUGCAAAGGUAAAUUCAAGAAGCGAGAAGAGUUGGACCGCCACAUCCGUAUUCUCCAUAAGCCCUAUAAAUGCACUCUGUGUGAAUUUGCUGCCUCGCAUGAAGAAGAGCUGAUCAGCCACGUGGAGAAGGCCCACAUCACAGCUGAGACAACCCAGGGUCAGGGCAUUGGUGGCUCUGGCGGGAUGCAAAUGGCCACUGAGUUUCGUUGUGAUGUGUGUGGUCAGGUGUUCAGCCAAGCCUGGUUCCUUAAGGGUCACAUGCGCAAACACAAAGAUUCCUUUGAGCACUGCUGUCAAAUCUGUGGCCGCCGUUUCAAGGAACCCUGGUUUUUGAAGAACCACAUGAAGGUGCAUCUCAAUAAGCUAGCCAUCAAGAGCAAGCCACCUCAGCCCAGCGAGCAGGAUAUGGCAGCUGUCAAUAGCAUGAGCAACCUUGCUCAGGACGCUCAUGCCAACCUUUAUUCCCGCUACAUCUCUUGUCUUCAGGGCGGCUUUCUCUCCCCUGAUAAACAGGGUCUAAGUGAGCACCAAAUGUUGGCAAAAGCAGGGAUCGCCAUGAAGGAAAAGGAGAUGUUAGGGAAGCUGCUGGGGCCCAUGGCAGCAGGAAUUGGACACGGUCUAGGGGAAAAUGAAAAGCGCUCACUUCUGGGUUGUCUUAACCUUGUGCCACCACUGAAGUCGAGCUGCAUGGAGCGCCUCCAAGCUGCUGCUAAAGUUGCAGAGAUGGAUUCCCUCAAUAGCUACCAAGCCUGGCAGAUAAUGGCUCGUGGAAUGGCCAUGGACAGGGCCUUCAUGCCCAAAGAGCAGCAGCAUCCAGGGCAAGAGGAUGAGAUGACCGGUGCAAUGGCAGCACUUUCCAAGGAAAAAGACUUUUCUUUAAUUGCCUCCACUGAUAACUCAAAGCAAAAACAGCUCUCUGAGGCGUUGCACGGCUCGAAAGCCGGCAGCGGGGCGAUGAUGUCAAUGAAAGAGGACGGACGAAGUUUCGAAACUCACCGUGAUUUAAUGCCUCACCAUGUCGGUGUUGACAACGCCGGAAGCCUGGCGGGCCUGGGGAACCACAACAUGGACUUUGCUCUGUCCAAUCUGAAAGAGAAGCCAUCCGAGUGCCCAGACUGUGGCCGGGUCUUCAGGUCCUACCAUCAGAUGGUUGUCCACUCUCGCAUCCAUGGCAAAGACCGGAGAGGCCUCGAGGAGGUUCUCCAACAGCAAGGCCUGGACGAACGUCGCGGGUCAGCGAGCGAUCCUGAGUCCCAGUCGAUAAGCCGGUCCACAACCCCUGGGUCAUCGAAUGUGACGGAGGAGAGUGUAGCGGGAGGAGGACAUUCGCAGACGGGAAGCGUCCAGGAUGACAGCCCACAUCCUUCUUCACCAUCUUCAGAUGUUGGGGAGGACCUGGCGAAGGCGGCGGGGAGCGCUCAGCCGUCCCUGGCCCAGCAUCGGGAGCGGAGUCUGGCGUCGUCCUCCAAAGACUGCCCCUAUUGUGGAAAGUCCUUUCGCACCUCACAUCAUCUCAAAGUCCACCUGCGGAUACACACUGGAGAGAAACCCUACCGCUGCCCUCAUUGUGACUACGCUGGCACCCAGUCUGCCAGCCUGAAGUACCACCUGGAGCGCCACCACCGCGAGCGUCAGAAUGGAUCCACCACCCUCGGCUCCUCUUCUGGCCACACCCCCUCUUCUGACCACAAGGAUGACCAUGGGAAAUCCAUUGGCGGUGGAAUCUUUGCUCGCCCAGAUGUCCUGCGUAACGUUUUCAAGGGGAUGCCUCCUAACCUAGACUUCAGGGUGGGUCCUCUGCUGCCUCAUCAGUGGCCGUCUCCAUCAAUCAUGUCACCGAAUGACCGUGACCGCCAUUUUGACUCAGCGGAGAACAUGAAGCCCAGCGACGGCUCGUCCUCCCUCGUGUCAGCAGCCAACGAUAGUCCCGCAAGCUUCUCUGAUCUAAGUAGGGCCUACCAAAGCAUGAUGGGGAAUGGAGUUCACUUCCAAGGGUCUCUCCAAGCCUUCAUGGACAACUUUGUCCUCAACUCCAUGAAGAAAGAUGCCAAGGACAACCAGAGCCCAGUCCAGAGUCACGUGCAGCAUUACCAUGACAACGGAGAGACAAAGGCAAAGCAUAGCUCUUCUGCUGAUGAAGACAGGGAAGAUAAGGUUGAGACAAAGAGUUCAACACCUGGAAAACCUGGGUCCCAGUAUGAGCCGCUUGAUCUGUCUGUGUCAGUCCGGCCCGAAUCGGCAUCCGGUUCCCUCCCCGGUUCUUCAGUCACUAUCCAUGACAACGUGGCGUGGCACAGCUGCCUCUUCUGCUCGUUCUCAACAGCUUCCUUGGAGCUCAUGGCUCUCCACUUGCAAGCAAACCACCUGGGCAAAGCUCAAGCUCAGCGCCUUGAAACUGGAAAUGAAGUACAUGGAGAUUCUUCUCCCAUUAACCCACAUGGAGCUUCGCGGAAAGAUGGCGACAGAAAUGGAGGCCAGAUUAGCUGGAACAACCACAUGGACCAGCCGUACAACCCUUUCCAGAGCGACUUCUACAAGAGAUUUGGUGGGCUGUAUGAUGGCUCUCCCAGGCCUAUCCAGGCUCUCCAAGGGUAUAUGGGCCAAGCAGACCAGGAACUGGACCUGCCAUCCAAGGCCUUUAGGGGAGCCUCAUCAGCCGCGGAAGACCAGAUGGCAGAGCGGGGCUCCUGUGGAGAUGCCGAUGAAGAAAGGGUUCGGUCUGAUGAUGAGGCUGUGAAAGCUGAGGUGAACAGUGCUAAAGAGUCUCCAUCCAUAACCCCAAAGGAUCAACGGGAACAUAUAUCUGACGAAGAGGAUGAAGAGAGGGGAUUGGCAGAAGAGGAGGAUGAGCGAGAUGAGGAUGGUCAAAUGGAAAUUGAGCAACAGGAAGAGACCCAAGCUUCACCUCUUGAAAAACAGUGGCAGAAGAGCCUCGGCCUCCUGUCUCCCGGCGGCCAGCCUGGACUCCUCAAGGCAGAGCAGCAUACGCACCUUGAGCAACAGAUGAACAUGCUGUCCGUUCUCAGAGCCUACAGCAAUGACGGCGUCCCGGUGUUCAACGGCCUGGGCGGUGGGCCGGUUGGAGCGCAGACCGGGGGCAUGAAGAGGCCAGAAGCUCCUGUUCAUCUGUGGGUCGGAGAGGAAGACCAGCCCAUGACCCAUGACCCCGUGUUGACCCACGACCCCAACCACCUGAACAACAACCAUAACCUAGGGGAACCCCAGGGGCUGGACGCCCACGACGUGAAUGAAGACUGAAGCUGGAGCCGGGCAAAGACGGAUGAAGGAGAGACUUUAUUUAAAAUGUACAAACCGUCGGAAUGAAGAUGGUUCCCUCCUCGAGGACCUAACAAUUUACAGACUAUUCCUAAAUCUGUCUCCUGUGGUCUUUGUACUCCUUUCUCCUCAAUGAUGCUCUGCUUUUCCUUUUCUUUUUUUCUUUUUUUUUUUUUUUUUUUUGAUGAAACUACCUGUUGUGUCCCACCGCACUCUGAUACAUUCCUCCGGUUGUCCUCUCGAAUCCGGACUGAAUCGGUCUUGCGACUCCACACCACCGCUGUAAUGUACCUGGAAUGUAUUCACCUGGACUCCCGGCACAUUUACUUCUCCCAUCUCAUCCUCACAGACGUGGGCCUCGGAACUUCAGCCCACCCGCGUCCUCAUAGGUGGUAACAAAAAAAGAAAAAAAAGAAAAAAAGGAAACCUGUAUUUGGUGAUGAUUGUGUUCGCGGCCCCGUCUGGCUAUAUCAUUUCAUGCUUUGUAUCCAUCUAAUGUACAUAAAGAGAUAUACAGUAGUAAGAAAAAAAAAAGUUUAAAAUGUAUGUGCAAAAGAGGUAGUGUCUACAUUAUCAUAACUAGACAUUAAAUACAUUCUUCUAGGGUUCCAGAAAGAAGAAUAUAAAAAAAAAAUAUCACACAUAAUCCUGUCAACCUCAAGUGUUUGUAAAAUACUGCCACCCAUCAUUGUUGCACAGUGUUACUGACUACUGAAAAUGGUUUGAUGUAUUUACUUUAUGACGAUUAAAAAAAAAAAAACGAAAGAAAAAAAACCUAACAAAAAAAAGCCAAUAUAACCUUAGACCAUCUGUUUUCUGCUUCUACGAAAAAAAAAAAAAAGCUACGUAGCCGUGCUAGAAUAUAGUAUGUAGGGUUGGUUUUCGUUUCAGAUUUUUAUAUGUACUGUACAUUAAUGCCAUUAAUCGAAUCCAAGAGGAAAAAAAAGGAAGAAAAAAGAUGACAAUCGUCUCCUGUGCUGCGAAAACCUCCGUAUAUACACAGACUCCGUGACGCACAGAGGGACUUUAAACUACCCUGAUUGUUUUUUGGAAGUAUUUUGCACUGUGAUAGUAUUAUAAACAGUACAAACCUAGCUAACUAACUAAACUGAAGUGUUUGUGUGUCCAUUGGCAUUGUGAACUGUUUCCUUUCGUUCUGUACAGUUUGAUUUUUCUUUUCAAACUCCAGUGUGGCUUUGACAGACUCCACGGUUUGUUACUUUGUCACCCGCGGCGUCAGCCUGUCGCUGCUGAGUCCAACACGCGGCGACGCCAUUCUUUUAUUUACGCAGUGUCGAGUCGGAGGAUGGCAACAUCCGGUGUGUGACCAGUUGAACUGAGAAGUGGGCAGGUGCGGCGGCCAUCUUGGGGCGGGGGGGGGGGGGCAGGCCCGGCGGUCUGCAUGUAUCCUGCUGGAGGUGUCGACCAAUCGGACGCCUCUGUUUUUUCCCUCCUCCCCCCCGUCUUUGUUUUUUUUUUUUUUUCCAGAGGUGUUGAAAGACAAGAGAAAAAAAAAAGAUGAAUUGACACCUGGGCUCUCCACUUCUCUGAAGCAGCUGUAAUGAGCAUUCCACUCCACAUAUGAUGUACAAAACCUGUCUCGUGAGCUGAACACUCUUUAUGUCUCGCUGUAUCCUCAUGGCAGAUGCUUUGUUUUGUAACUACUGAACUGUACUUAUAAUAAAAAUAAAAUGUAUUCAAACUAAAA